UAAUUUUCAGGUAAAUCGGUCUGAUGGAAAAGUAGCGCCAAACUCGACAGAAUGCGUACAUCGAUAAUUGCUCUACUGUUCCAACUAUUGGAAGUCGCAGAAUCUGUUUACUUUGCCCACAAAGCGCCCGUGGUUUGUUUACCCAGCACUGCCAAGGUAUGGGAUACCAUAGGGCAACUGUACGCCUAUCCAAACAAAGACGAUCAUUGCGUGGAGGCAUCGGUGCAUUUUGACAUACUCGACAGUAAUGACACAAUAGGUGUCAACCGGACGUCAGGGAUGUUAUUCCUUAAAAAACUACCGUUGCAGAUAAAAGACGGCUAUGUUGUUACGGGUCAGGCAAGUUGCACAACACUAACAGGUUCCAGAGUGUCAACAUCAACAUCCGUUACAAUGAAAUCAAGAGCAUACCUUUCCCCUGAAGAGGAAAAUUCGUGGAAAGAAGACUUUUGUUUUGCCCAUUUACAAGACAACAUGUUUAAUGUAGAAGAAAACUCCAUCGACUUGAAUAUAGGGCGUUUAAGCCCAUGUUUGAAAAUGAAUGGACUUACAAGAGAGUAUUCGCUGCUUUCACCGAGAAAUCGGUUUACUGUUGACCCGGCCAGCUCAGAGCUUCGGUUGAUAAAACAGCUGGACAGAGAGUUCUUUAGACAGAGAAUAACAUCGAAAACACCGGGAAACAUCACUGGCCAGCAGCCACUGAAAAUAGAAUGCCAGAUAAAGAGAGAUAAUAUCACAUAUGAGCCGAUUUCGCGGACGCUAAAACUACUCAUUUUGGACGUUAACGACUGCCCGCCGACAUUCGAAAAUGAUCGGCAGUAUGAGGAAGCUGAUUUAGACGUGAAAUCUGGAUUCGUCACGGCGAUGGGUACAAUCGACAAGAUCAUAGCGGACGAGGACAUCAACAGUGUCUUGAGAGUAGUCGUACUGCGGGAUCCAUUGGCAGUCUGCCAGCCGGAACUCCUUGUUGCGGACACCAGUAAAUAUGGACACACGACGUGCAGAUUACGGGUAAAACUUGUAAAUUUAACGUCUGUCAACCAGGCAGAGUAUCAGUGUCUCAUAGGAGUCGUGGACGAUGGGUUUUCACCCACACAAAACAGUGACAGCAACAACACCGCUGUACUUGCAAUCAACAUCCACAUGACGGAUGAAAAGAUACAAACGGCGUUAUCUAUAACUUCCAAUAAACCCAUCUAUUUCUACAGGAAUGCGACGCGAUAUUCUAGGUUGAUGCACAUGUCGGAAAAUCCAUCAAAAAACGAGAAAUACGGACUUGAUAACACGGUGUUCAGCAUAACCCCAAAGUUCGGAAUCAUCUAUCUUAAUAACGUGGGUAAACUAGCGACUUGUGGAAAUACAAUCACGUUGUCAGUCGUAACAAGCAGCGGUCUCGUGUCCAUUACAGUCAAUCUUCUGGGGGAACAAAGAACUGAGACGCUCUGUGACGACGGAUGUUCAUUUCACAAGAAUGCGAAGGAAUGCCGAAGCGGAUGUGGCGUAGGACUUACAUACGGGCAAUGUGAAAUGCGUGGCGACGAAAACUUCUCUAGCAUGUCCUCAAAAUACGCUACGUGCACGCACAACACUGCCACUUGCCCGGAUAUGGUUUGCGAUGAACUGGAGAAGGCAGUGCCCGAACUAUGCCCUCAGGAUUGCACAAAUGAAGUGAUCGGGCAAUUCGUCAGGUUUCAAAAGCAGCCUGGUAUUAGCAUGGCCAAGGGAUUCUGUUUGUGUUACUGGGACAGCGGGGAAACCAUGUGCGACUGUAUGCCGAAACACCCGGUUGACAUCGAGGUCCUCGAAGAAGCAAACACGUCUGUGUUCCUGCCGCCAUCACUAGCGUCUUAUCUAGCUGUGCAGUCCGACAUAUCCGAUAUUUCGUCGGAUCCGGGCUAUAGCAUCCAAAAAACGGAAGCAGACGAUGUUUUCAAUGAUUCGUCGGUUGAAAAAACAGAAAAGGUUAUUGCUGGAAAUGAAAGGACAUCUUGCAAAAAGCUUUGUAUAGUUGCUAUCGGAGUAGGGGUAACUGUGUUCCUUCUAAUAUCGUUCUCGUUAUUUAUGUUAUGGUUCACUAAGAAAUUAAAUGAUCGCCGAAAAUCUAACAUAAAACACGUGGGAAGUGUGACGUCCAUGUCGGGCGUGACGUCAGAAUAUCCAGACGACAGAGAGGGAAGACUUUCCUACACGUCUGAACAAUGGUCUCCGAAACGACAGAUUUAUUCCACACAAACCACCCCAAUGUUUCCAGAUGACGGCAAGUGGGAGAUAGACCGUGAAAGUCUGUCCCUCGAGAAGACUCUGGGGGAGGGGGAGUUCGGUCUGGUACUCAAGGGCGUUCUGAGGUGGGCCGCUGGGCAGGCGGUGGAGGAGCCGGGUAGAAACGUGGCCGUGAAAAUGCUUAAGCACUGCGCCAGCCCUAUGGAGGAGCAGGACUUAUGGUCGGAGUUCACCCUGCUGAAAGACGUCAGUCAUCCGAAUGUAAUCAAGCUGAUCGGCGCAUGCACUGUAGGAGGUCCAUUUUACUUGGUGGUGGAGUACUGUGAACAUGGCUGCUUACUUCAAUAUCUUCGCCGAAGUCGCUUGGAGGAAAAUGGUUACAUAAAUACCAACCAACGGUUUAAGACCACGGAGCAUCUCGAUCAGACGAACAAAGAGUUGACAGGAGACCUACUGUCAAUAAGGGACCUACUGUCAUUUGCCUGGCAGAUUGCCAAAGGAAUGAGCUACCUUAGUGAAAUAAAGCUCGUGCAUCGCGACCUGGCUGCACGUAAUAUCCUCGUGUCCAAUGGAAAGGCGUUGAAGAUCUCCGAUUUUGGUCUCACAAGGGACGUGUACGAAGCGGACACGUAUCUGAAAAAGAGCAAGGGCCGUAUUCCGGUGAAGUGGCUUGCCCCUGAGUCUCUGUAUGCCCAGAUAUACACCACAAGAAGCGAUAUUUGGUCGUACGGAAUAGUGUUGUGGGAAAUCGUGACUCUCGGUGCACCGCCGUAUCCUGGCAUUCCUCCAGAAAGACUGUACAACCUUUUGAUUGGCGGAUACCGUAUGGACCGACCAGAAAACUGCAUUGACGAAUUGUACGCCGUGAUGCAGAAGUGCUGGAAGAUAGACGCUGCCGACCGGCCAUCGUUUGCCACCCUGGCAAGCAUCUUUGACCGCAUUUUGCAGGAACAGACGGGUUACUUAGAUUUGUCAAAGGCUACCUUAUUGGACCAAGAACUAUUCAAGAAACAGUGUGCACAUGACAAAGUGGAAGCGUUAAUUACCAACUCUCAAAUGGAACAUAAUUCUUCUGACAGAUCUAGGAAUUCAAGAACUGUGUCUAACCAUAAUUACUGCCCGGAUAAUUACCUGGUACCGAUGUCAAGUCAUUUCAUGGGUGAGGGUGCACCCUAUUUCUUAAAAGACAAUAUGUCCACAGAUGAUAUAGAUGACAAUAAGGGCCAUGGCGAAGAGGACAAUGACAAUGGUAUGAAGUGCAACUACAUGACCCCGUUACUGGACAUGAAUAUAAACAUCAAAGAAAGUAUACUAACUAAGUCAUAUCGCCCGUCUAUUACCAGUGAAUUAUCCGAGCCAAUGUUCAGGAAACCGGUCGACAUGAAUAUCGCGAUCAACAAUAUCAAGAACAGUAAAAACAAGAGUACCAUUUUUCCCAGCGAGCAGAAACAUUUGCUUUCAGAAGCAGAUAAUUUGCGUCUCAGAGCAAAAUCUGAUGCCUUUGUGCAAAUUGAAACGACGCAGUGUUAAUAAUGUAAGAUGAAUUUUUUAUACGAUCCAUAGGUCACUAGUCUACGCGAUAAUUUGCUUUUUAAAUGCAUAAUCUAACUCAUUCAUUUAGGCUAUUUGAUAAAUAAUCGGUUGUGUCAGUCAUUUUCCCCAUUCUUAUAUAGUUGAAUUGUGUUCAAAUUAAAGUGUUGAUUUAAAGCCUAAUAUUUCAAUAUUCAAAAUAUUUUAUCCAAGUUUCAUUAUCAAAACUGUCGUAAUUCAAAUGGUAAUAUUAAUGUAUAAAGACUAAUGUGCACUUGCUUAUAUGCUGACAUUAAAUCAAUGCCUGUUAUGUAAUGUUUCAAGGAAGGAUAACUCAUGUAUUACUUGUUAUACCCUCAAAAGAGGCAUACAGUAAUCGCAUCGACGGUAUGUUCGUCCGUCGUUCAGCCCGUUCUUCCGUCUGUCAGUCUGUACGUCCUUCCGUUUGUCAUUCCGUCCGUUAGGCUAUCUCGUUGUUUGUGAGGAGUAUAACUCGGAAGUAUUGAAGAGAUUCAAAUGAGACUUCGUGAAAUGCAAGAUGGUCCAAAAAAUUUCGACAUAGCACCUUUAGAUAAAAGCUAUACUUUGUGGACAUUCGGCGAAAAGCAAAAGCACUAGUUUUAUUGUAUAUAAGAGUAUUUUUCUUUAAGCAACGUGGUCGUACAAUAUGUGAAUGGAAUGAUACUUAUAGGACUCCUCAUCGGUGGCACUAAAUUCGUAUUUUGUAGAAUUUGUUUUGGACUGUCACUGACUUGAAGCACUGUACGAGUUAAAAAAAAACAUUUCCAGAAAAAAAACAUUCCACUUUCAUCGCAUAUCGGUAUUUAAUGGAUGUAAAAUGCGUAUGUGCUUUGUAUCUUUUCAACAUAUGGUUGUAAAUUUUGUUUCAGAAUUUGUAUUGUUUAUGGAAGAAAGAAAUCUUUUUAAUAUAAACAAUGUAUGGAAAAAAUUCUAUGAAUAUUAACGAAAUGUUUUGCGGAUGAGGUUCGGGAACCAUGCUGAAAAAUGUCCUAUUCUUCCAAUCAAAACACUAAGCAAAGGGAUUUAUAUGUCAACCUAUAUUGUAGUGAGCUGGUUAUUAAGUACAAAAAUUGUUUACCUUUUAAAUACUUGUGUGUACAGUGACAUUCGGUUGGUCUGGUGUUUUUACAAACAUAAUAAGUAGAAUAUGCAUAUGAAUCUGAUAAUACACAGACCCACUAACAUAUAAAUCAAACCAUGUUUGUAAUUUACCAUUUUGACCAAGAAUCCUGCCACUGUUCUUUCUUGUAAAGUUGACUUGAAAACGGUCCGCUCGUAAACACACUUUUACUUCGAUUAUCUAUGUUUAACACUGAAUGUUUAUAGCUUAAAAUAACUCUCCGUGAAAGUUGAGUACACAUAUUUUGCUAAUCCAUGCAUGUUAUACGUAUAUCUUCAUAUUUGUAUUGUUAUUUGUAAUGUUCAGUAGUAAUCGGCAUGUGAUUUUUCCACUGUCCGCCAUCUUGGAAUGUCGACUUGUGGGUAAUUUUUGCAUAGCAACACACAGCGGUGUAAACAUAAAUCUCACCGGCGCUAUAUUUAAGCUUUAGGUAAGAAAGCUGCACUAUUUUUAGCAGACGUAAGGUCAUUAUUUAGUUCAUAUAGUCUGUUUUAAAUUGUUUUGUCAUUUAAAGUCUAUUUUAUUAUUUAUAAGUGUUAAGCGUGCGAGCGUUCCAUAAUUGGUCACGGCAGUUAUUGUGACCCGUUUUUGGUCACACUGUGACCAAUAUUUGGUCACAGUGACCAACUUCUGGUCACAGUGACCAAUUUCUGGUCACAAGUGGAACGCCGCGGCUAUAUAAAGUGACCAAAUUUUGGUCACAGAAGUUAUUCUAGUCAAAACCUUAAGGCAGGCAACAUCCACGCCAAUUUUUUUCUUAAAAAGUACUUUUUCUUUUCGUAAGUAAUUUAAGUAACUUAUAGUAACAGUAAUACCUUUGUAAGCAGAUAAUAAAGCGAACAUUUAACAUAUUUCAUUAAACUUGAGCAUUAUUGAAAGUAUUCAAUCUAUUUUGGUUGUGAUCGUUGGCAAGUGUCAUUGUUCCUUAAAUUCGACGAGGUCCCGUUUACGAGUGUAAUGUCCAUUGUCAAAAAUAUCUAUUUUGACGCGCAGUUUACCGUCGCAAGAUUGAAAGUAUUGUAAAACCUUAAUAAAGGUUGCAGGUCAUUUUGUUGUUGGAAAUAUAACAUUUUGUUGAGUUAUUCGUGGAAACUGAAUAAAAGUUGUAUAAAGUUAAA